AUGAACAACUUGUCGUCUGUUAAGCUACAUGAUUUGCUGGGUCAAGCUCUAUAUGUAACUUUGAGCGAAACUCGUUCUCUAACUGGCAAGCUCAUAGCCAUCGACUGCAAAGCAAAUCUAUUACUAGACGAAGUAGUAGAGAAUAACGAAGGUCAUGUACGGAGAAUGGGUCUCGUUAGUGUUCCAUUUGCUGCUGUUAGUUCAGUAAAGAUCAAAAAAGAACUUGUGAGCCAAAUUCAGGCUAUGAAAGCAAGUAUUCACUCGCAGUAUGGUUGA